AUGGUGUUGAAUGUGAGGCUCGCUGGUUCUCCAAUUAGUAAUGCUGGACGAGUGGAAGUGUUUUACCUGGGGUACUGGGGAACAGUAGAUAACUGGGGAUGGGACCUCAAUGCUGCUCACGUGGUAUGCCGCCAGUUGGGGUACUCUGCAAGCCUUUCAUUUGGUUAUAAUAAUCAGUUUGGUUCGAGCACAGGGCUGGAAUGGUUCAGGAAUUUGAGAUGUUUUGGCAACGAAACCAAUCUUGGAGAAUGUACAAAAGAUUUGUAUGGUUACCCUUCCAGUGGAUCAGAGGCUGCAACAGCAUUAUGCGAAGUACCAUAUGAAGCAGAUAACUCUUCAAAAUGUUAUGAAGUCAAGUGUCAACAUCAAGGAACCUGCAUUGAUACUGGAGGUGGUGCUAUUUGCAACUGCACAGAAGGAUUCAUAGGAAUCCAUUGUGAAAAAUCAAUAUCUAAUCCAUGUCAGAGUUCUCCAUGUAUGAAUGGUGGAAAAUGUUUUGGCAAUGAAUCUUCAUAUAUCUGCUCGUGUCCCGAUGGGCUCUCGGGGCAUCGUUGCGAGGAGCGAAUUACCAUCAAUGACCGGCAUGGGUCCUCGCAGAACGGAAGUACAACCUCCGAGACUACUAAUACCAUAACAUUAUCAAUUCUUGCAUCUCUUGUGUUCCUUCUUAUUGCUGCAGUUGUUUACCUUAUCUUCCAAAAUCGAAAGCUUUCUAAACUUAUACCUAGAGAGCAACAGGCAUCCUUCAGCAACAUGGCCUACAGAAGUGAUAAAGAGGAAACCUACCGCUUUGAAGAAAUCGACCUGGGAACAGGAACAAAUAACAGUUCAAUGCCAGAGAGGGACAAUACUAACCCCUUAUAUGCAGUAGCUCCCACUUUCCAUGAAACGGCCACCUCUCGGCGUCUUCCACCCAUUCCACCACCACAUAAGGCGGCAAGAAUGAAUCCGAAAGCUGCUCGUAUGAAAGCCAACCAGGGAAAUGGCGGUUUAAAAGCGAGAGGAGCCAUGGAGGGUUCAAAGGGGGCCACAACAGGGGCCGGAGAGCAUUACAUGGCUUUAUCAAAGGAAAACAACAGCACUGCCUCACGAAAUAUCUCAGCUGAUGGAGGACCGAAUCCCAACGAAUACAUGUCUCUGUCACCAUACAGGCACUGAGAUAUUUCUCAUUCCUAAAGUCCUCAAGCGUCUGACUUAUAAAGAUCGAUUAACAUGACAGAGCAGAAAAAUACGGAGGGAUCUGAAAAGAGGAGACUCAGAAAAAUUUGCUUUAUUCUCAGAGCAAACAAGUAUUGUGUUGCAAAAUUUGUUCACCUGGGUUCCCGCGCGUGUCUAUUUCCAGGAAAACCAAACACGUAACGUCUAAAAACCACUUGGUAUGGUCGAAGGCCUAGUUUGAAUUCAUUAGAACACGGAGAGAGAAGUUAGUAGUGUGAACUCUCUUUUAUUACGCUUUCUCGACCAAUGCGUUUUUGUACAUAGGCCCUGCUUAACGUAAUAUACGCCUUCUGCGUCUCUUAGUAGUUAUAUACCAUAAUUAGUAGGGAUGCCCAAGUUCAAAGUCUUCCGGCGUAAAUGGGAAAACUUCUUGAGGUUUCAGGCAUUUGAAUUGUCCAAACCUCACGGUAGCUUUUUAUCUCCUAAAAAUUCUCAUUCCGUAAGGCUAAUAUUACUUCCAAAGUAAACACCGAGUUCAAAUAAGAGCCUGGAUUUGUCUUGUAAUCAUUAGGAGUUUAGAUUUCCUUAGCAAACUUUUCAGAGUGAAUGAAACGGAAGGAUCUAAAGUAAUCCAGGACUGCUCUAUUUUUGCAUAAUUCUGCUUUGUGAUUGGUGUCACGCCAUCCUCUCGACCAAUCAGAUUCAAAUCUAAAAUCAAUCCCGGCUUUUUUAGUUUUUUUCACUCUUGUGGCAGAGUAAUUAAAGUACUUUGAGCACUAAUUGGCUCUUAUGGUAUGUUUUGGUUCUGUUAGCCUGUUGUGGUUUCAUUUAUCUUUGUAA